GAGCCGCACCAUGAAGUUUCCCCGGGGCCGUGGCUGUGACCGUGACCGUGACCGCGACCGUGCCGGCCGCCGCCCGCCCGCCCUCCGCGCCGCCGCCGCCCUGCCGCCGCCGCUGCUGCUGCUGCUGCUGCUGCUGCCGCGGGCCGCCGCCGCCCCGCUGCCCGCCGCCGACUCCUCGGGGGAGGCCGAGCUGGAGGAGGCGGCGGCGCGGCGGGCGGCGCUGCCCGACUGCGUGCGGCUGGCGCGGCUGCUGCACGCCCGGGCGGCCCAGCUGCAGGAGGAGAUGUGCGAGAAGUUCACCGUCUGCGGGAACAGCAUGGAAAUGCUCGUCCAGAACAACCUCAACCUCCCCAAGGUGACGGAGGAAGACGGGUGUCUGCUCGCCGGCUUCGAUGAGGAGAAAUGCUUGAGGAAAAUCUCCAGCGGCCUUUAUACCUUUCAGACAUACCUCGCACACGUACAAGAAACUUUUACUAGUGAAAAGCAAAACGUUGAAUCGCUGUGCUAUAGUACAGAGCACCUGGCACGCACCAUAAGGCAGAUGGUGAUCAAUCCUGAUGAAGUGAUCAUCCCGGACUCAGCUACCCAGGAAUCCCUCCGCGCAAAGCUGAAGUCCGAUAAGAUCUGGAUAGAGAAGAUCACCACCCACCUCAUCCUCCGAGACUUUACUUCAUUUAUGGAGAAAACAGUGAGGGCCAUUCGCUAUUUGAAAAAUAUCAGGAGUUUCAGUGUUUGAAUGUUUUAAUUCAGGCACAGUCCUUUGUUACAAAUCUGUCACGUGGCAGACGACAGUGUUGUUCUGUUUUAAGAACCAGAGAUAGUAACAAUGGUUUGCAUUUAUAUACAUUCCUGUUUCCUUCUAGGAACCUAUUUAUUGUAUUUAAAAUAUUUAUUAAUUUCUAAUGUUUCCUAUUUAUAUUUUCAAUAUUUAGAAAUAAUUUAAACAAAGGAUGUAUUUUAUAUCAUUUCUAAUGGUACUAUGCAGAAUAUCAACUUACUUAAUAGGUAUUCAACAAAAAAAUAUUUUCAGAAGCCAGAAAAAUUGUUGUAUAACUUAUGCUUUUUAAACUAUUUGAGAGAUGGUAUUUAUGACUUAUUUAUAUUUUUAGAACAAAUAAAAGCUGAUUUUACAAAAACCUGUAUAACCUGUCUGAACUUUAAAUAAGACUAAGGAACCCUAAUGUAUCCCAAUUUUUAAUACCUACAAUUAUCAAAAUAACAAUUCAAGAAUUUAAAUUUUAUCUCUAUAAUCAGGUCAGUUACCUACAUAAUGCAUGCAUACAUACAUACAUACACAGACAGCUAGAUCAACACAGAAUUCUUAAAAUGGGAUAUAAAGGAAUCAGAUGCACUAAACACCGGCACUUCAGAAUGAAACAUGAUAAAGCAUCACUGCUCUCGCGAAACGAACAAACAAUGAGUCCCCUAUACUUAGUAAGGAACACUCCAUAAAAUCCUAAUUGUAGGCAUCUGCUUACAAGUCAAACAAUCUCUUUCAAACAAAUAAAAUGGCAAGAUACCACAUUAACAGCUUUGAUGUGAAUAUCAUCACUUCAUCAGACUCACUGAUGUCAUCCAAGGGAAUUUUCCAAGUUUGAUUAAGUAUUUCUCCCCUCUCCCCCAAGAAGCAGAAAAAAAACCCCAUCUUAGGUGCUCUCCUCAGGUGAUAUAAAUCAACAUAUUGCUGCCGAGAUGUCAGUGACUGUUGGCAGUUUAAUGCAUUUGCCUUUUGUUAUUUAUAUUCCACUAGCAUGGACAGGCCACGUAACAGGAACGCACAUUCUUGAAUACUGUAAAGGAAAAAAAAAAAACAAACACCCAGGUCCUUAACCCGAGUACCAAACUGCUGAAACAUUCCUGCGCUGUAUCAUCUGCUUCACUGCAGCUGCGCAGGUACCUGGCAUCCCCAAACUCAGGGGAAUUCGCAGAACACACAAGGGAUGCAAGCAGCAGAAGCCCCUGGAGCUUUGUCCCUGGAAGCGGUGGAACGCUAAUUACCCUCUCUCUUUCUUGCAGCACAGUGGUGCAGAUGAGGAGAUGAAAGGCAAGCCCUGGAAUGUGGAUAAGGAUGUCAGUAAACUCUCCUCUUCCUCUGAGUGAUCUGCUUGUCCACACACACAUUCCACUGCUGGGGAUGCCAAAACAGUGACCAGUCCACCCAGAGCCCGCAUCUCAAGAGGCUCAAAAUAAACCAAACCACAGCUUUGCCCAAUAUGGUAGAACCAACAUCUGAAGUUGUGCAACAUCUGGAGAAGGAAUGAGGCAGCCUCAAGGUGGUCACUUCCAAGACAUCUGUGGUGAAUGGGGUUUUCUCACAACAUAGAAGAUUCUGCUUUAGCAGUCCUGUCAUGUGCUCUAGCGGACGUAGGAAAGCCUGGUGUGGCUUUUUCCACAGCUUACCUUCAAGGAGAUUUUCUCAGUGACCAUUUGGUUAGAGGCCAUUCUGGUGCUUAUUAUGGCUGUAAUAGCUACGAGACUCAAAUGUGGAUCCCACAUUGGACCUUUAAAGGCCUUCAUUACUACUAUGCAGUAGCCGGGGAGGGGGGGGGAGGGGGGUGGUGGGGGCAGGGAGGAGGAGAAGAAAGAGACCAAAAAGAAAGGCAUCCCCUGGUCUCGCCUCUCCCAGCAGUGGGUGCCUAGCCCAGAUCACCAUUAGUUACUACGUACACUGCAAUUACACAAACUCACACCGAUUUCCUCCUUGAAUGCUAGGAAGCAUUUAAGACAGAGGGUACUGAAAUCCCAUGCAAUCGACAGACAAGCAUCCACACUUCCCACUGGCACCCUUCAGCUGAUGGCCACCCCAGGCUGCCCACAAUUCUAGUAAGGAUACAAGUGCUACUACAUCGUAGGAUGUAGAAGAUGAGCAAAGAUUACCACUAGCUGGGUGGGGAGGUCAACUUUCAGGUCCUUCCUGGAGUUCAGAGUAUCACUGAUGCUGCCACUGUGGUGCCAUCAUUCUACCUGUGGCUCCUCCACAGCCACCUGCAAUUCUCUGGGUACUUGGCUGCAGCAGCUGCCUGGCUGGCCAUCGUCCUGCUGUCACCGUGCCAACUUCAGGGACUGCCCCCAGGAUAAGCAUCACUUGCUGAAAUCUAUAAUCGUUGGUGUUUGUGGCACAUGAAGACCUGCAGCGGGGAACUCAUACGGCAGUCAGAGGAGAACUUAACACUGUUUAGUAUGUUGUGGGGCCACUCAAAUUAACCAGCCUAAUAUCCGUUUUCCAGUUUGUUGUGUAGAAAGUAUUUUACAACAAUCAAUAAACACACGUGGGCUUUUAUUUUAGUUGGCAGACCACUGCAGACAUACACCACCCCCCAAACAAUAGUAAAAGUUGUGUUCCAAACUUCUAAACCAAUCCUCAAAAGUAACUGUGCUACUUUUAGCAACAAUGAAAUACCCUAAUGCUUCUACUGAAAAGCGCUCCUAACUGACAAGCUAACUCACUGAGCAACCAGUGAGUAGGGAAAAACCCCAAACCAAAGACCUAUUAAUAAUUGCCCAUAAAUUCUACGAAACUACCCACCAAAGAAGUGUUUUGGCUGCUGCUGUACAAGACCAGCCUCGCCCUGCAGAUCCCCUUCCCCAUGUUCCCACUGCAUCCCUACCUAUUAACCUCACAGAGACUUCGGAGUGCUUGACAGAUUACUAACUCCCUUCAUCCUGAAUUUGCUUUUCCUUUGCAGGAAGAGGGUAAAGCUGUUAAAAAACAUGCAUACACUCUACAGUAUGCAAGAAAAAGCCCAUAGUAUUAAAAGAUAGCGUUAAAGAUGAGAAACAAAAUAUUCCUCAGUGCUGUAGCUAUGACACUAAAAUGCUAGAUGAGGAAUGAAAAGGCAGAAUGCAACUUAAUCUGUAAUGCCAAAUUACCUUUUUUUUUUUUUUUUGCAAUUACAGUCUCUGAAGAAUCACUUUUCUAACUACAGUUUUCCAUCAGAUGUGUAAGAAACUUUAAAAAAGAAAAAAGGAAAACAUUUCAGCCUGACCCACUUCCCAGGCUGUGAUAACAUCUCCUGCCCAGUAACCUAUGUACUGAUGGAAACACUGAAUUUUGGCAGAAAAAAACCCAGCUACUUGAAAGAGACUGUCUGCAGUUCUAGUGCCUUCACAGAUUUUAUUAACAGCUGAUGGCAAGUGAGGUUAGCAAGAUAGAGCUGAUGCUACAUGAGAUGAAAGAGUUAGGUCACCAGCAAAGCAAGGGAAGCAGGAUCGCUUUUCAGCAGUAAUGAAUCAUUAGGUUUGUUUAGCUCAAUGGGAAACUUCCCCCUUAAGUUUGCCACUGUACCUUGCAGCUGAGAAUCCUUUCCACAUUAAAUUUAAAAGAUAAAAUGGUGGAAAGGUAAGUAUACAUCAAAGUCAGACCCCUAAUGGUCAAGAAAUGCUGCCAAAUAUAUUACUACAAACCUUGUGAUAUUGGGUGGGAAGCUUUCUGUAAACCCUUUGCUUCUUGAGUAGAAUGAUUAAGAUAAUUUCUGCUAUCUCUCUCUGUGAAUUUUUGUUCUUGAUAGGAGGGAAACCAAACCCCACACCCUCACCCCCAGAAAAUGCCACCUCUGAGGGCUCCAACACCAGAAUCCCCCUUCCUCCCUGAACUCUAAAAAAAAUAAACUGAUUUCUGUAAUCUAAACACAUUUAACGAAAUCUUGGUAUACUUUCAAGACUGACUUUGGCAGGAAGACACACUGCAGAAAUUUUGCAAUCUGAAUUUCAGUGACCAGAACCUGAGAAGAUUCAAUCUUUCACAAGAAAAUCUGUUUUUAAAAAAUAUAUUAAGAAAUCAAACAUUAAUCUUCAGAUCAAGAAAACUGAGAUUUGAUUCGCCCUGCCAUAAUUAUUUCUACCAGACAGUGCUUACCUAACAGUAUUUUCAAGAUUUUCAUUCAUUUCAACUAUACCAAGGGCAAAACCCUGACUGGUUUAAAUAACAGCAAAUGUUUUUGUGGUAAAUUCAAAGGGAUUAAGAGACAACUAAUCAUGUAUUAACAGAUAGAUUUACAUCCGGUACCACAUAAAUAGGGUCAAUAUGAUGUAUAAGCAAAUUAUAGUAAAAGUUUUAUUACCUGAGAGAAUCACUUACAGCUGUUAAACACACAAAAAAAAGUAAAAACACCUCAGGAAAGCUCAAAGUCCCAUCCUCAGCUCAAAAGAGAAAAAUUAGCUACUGCACAGCAACAGCCUUUGUCUCCUCUUCCACUUCUAACAAUCUGGGCAGAGAUGUAAAGGGAAAAGGGACUAUAUAUUGACUACACCUGUGGAUCCCACAUUAGCAUGUGUUAACAAAUACAACAAAGUUCAAAGACAUCCCUCAAACUGCAAGACCUAUACUGCUCCUAAUCAUAUAGCUCAGUGACCUGGGGCAGGACUAUAAAAGAAAAUGAAAUUUGUUAGAAGAGAGACCAUUCGGGGUGAAGGCAGACGUACAGGCAAUCUUCCAGUCCGGCUGGAAAGGGAUUGCUUUCAGGUUGCAGUGUCACAAAUUGCACCAUUUGGAGAUCUGUCUAUAAGAAUAAAGUGGACCCUGAGAAACAUAACUAGAACAUAAUCCAGGCUUAUCUCACUUCCUAGGCUAGUAGCUGCUCGCUGCUAUGCAAUGCAAUUGCUUGAACUUAUUUUUGACAGAAAUUUGGCAUUUCUUAAUCAGCAGAAAUAAUGAGAGUAAGUAUCUUUUCCCAAUUCAAAGAUAAGCAUCCCCUCUGUCUUACCCACCUCCUAAUCCUGAAUUAACAUGAGCAUAACCAAGAAACAAUGCACAUAACCCACAGUCUUAACCAAGACACAGCUAUUGCACUGCACGCCAUCACGGAAAAGUAUUUAGAAAUUGCAAUUAAGUAGUCACUUGUCAAAAUUAGUCUUAUGACAUUUAACCAGGAUGUGGUCUCUUCUCCUGUGGUGAGAACACAUAUAAUGAGCUUGUAUUUCCAAAUCUAUCAUCAGUAUCAUCAUAGCUUAAAUUCCAAGUCUGUAACAACAUAUUUCCAAAAAUACCCAGGGUAUAGUUUGAUUUAGCUUUUUUCUUCCCUGAUAAAAACGAUGUGUUAGAUACCUGUUUCCCUUACAACACAGUGCAGAAAAAAUACAUCUCAAGAAGUACUUUGUCUUUUACAGCCAUUGUGGAAGAUGGCUGUACAAAGAAGCAAAGAACAGAUUUUAUACGUUGCCAACAAAGCCCUGUUAUGACAAAAUUAUGAACGUUGUUUUGGUCUGCAGAGUUUACAUGUUUGAAAGCUAUAAGUGUAUGUUAAUAUGAGUUUUGCUGAUUAAUUAAUUCUAGGAAAAAAAGCAUGUAUCCUCUGUUUCCUAACUCCAAUGAGAUACAGUACAGUGACUUUAUACCAGCUGUGUCUACACCAGGAAUUUGCAGCAGAAUUAAAAUAAUUGUUCCAAACUUCCUAUCAGCUUCAUUUCUACCUCCCAGCUGGCCAGGCUCUGAAAGAGUUUUUGGAGCAAACAAGUAGCUUCCUUUGUAGUUUAACUUAAGAACAAAUUUAUACUAAAAGCCAGUUGUGUUUUUUUUUUUUCUCUCCUUUGUUUAGUGAUGAUAUUAAACAGACCAGUUUUUUCCACACCCUACUACCAGAUUACCAGUCCACACACCAAGACCAAGAAAACCGUCCAACUUGCAAGACUCCAUCAGCAUCACACACCAAGCAUCACAGGGCUCUGUGGCUCCUUCUCUGAUGUGCAUACCUUCUUCUCACUUACUGCAUUUUCACCUUUUAAAGUCGUGUCCAUUUUUCCUACUCUUUAUUCUUCUUCUGACUGACCUCCCUGUCCUUAUUCUCUUUUCAUGACCCUAACUUUCUCCCUCCCCAUCUCUUAACCCAACAUCUCUGCACUGUCUGCUAUGCCAACACCCAAGGGCAGCUCCUCAGAGUCCAGCUUGCAGGAGAUGCUUUGCUAAAGCAGCUGUCACAGCUGCGGGCUGAAGAGUUGCUGCCCACCACGAUUACCCAAUUGUACCAGGUCGUAACUGAUCAUCUGACUCCAGUUAGAUACAAUGAUGGGAAAGGCAGUUUUAAGAAAAUACAGAAAUGAUAGAACAUAUAUAAAUUGUUCCAUCAGCAGUUGCGGUCAGCGUGCCAGUGAACAAGAUAACCACAAGACAGGACACCGUAUUGCUCCUUGCCAAUCAUAACCCCCGACACUUCGCUAGCAUUUCACACAGUCUGGCUGGAGGAGGAGGAACCACCCAUUUCUCCAGUCCUGGGUUAAGGACGAUCCCUUGUUCAUAGACACCCUCUCUGGAGACCAAACAAAAGCCAUUGUUGCCAUUGUCACUCUUGCACAAAGCAGCCGAGAGGCAGACCACCUUCUGACAAGGAGAAAUGUCUUCCUGCUGUUAAGGGACCACGGGCAUGGGAAUGCAGCUCACCUGAGACUGAGAGCAGGGCGCUCUUGCAUUAAAAUCCUCAAGAUGCCCUCAUUUUUGGCAAGCGGCAUAGUGAGCACGGCAACCGGUGAUCUUCCUAAGACUGAUCCAGGCUGAGGGUCCUCUGCCCCACAUGCACUUGUUUGCCACCAGGUACAACAGGCUCCAGCUUGAGCAACAGCCUCCACCUGGGGUAUUUCCCUGACACUGAGGCAACCACAGCCACACUCCACCUCCACUUUGCAGGCACAAGGCACACAGCCAAACAAUUCUUAUCUCCAGGUAAGAUCAGCUGGAUACCUCAAAGUUUGUACAUACAAUCUUCCCAGCACACAGGAAGGGCACAAUGAUUUUAUCUCACACAUCUCAGGCUGUAGCCUUGAGCUCAGCUGUGGAAGACACAGCUCAAUUUGCAGUAAACUACACUCAUCAACUUUAUUCUAACACUAAGAGUUCAUGCAUGGUCCUCGUCAAAUCCCAUGGCAGGAAAGAACGCAUACCUGGCUGCAGAAGCCACUGAUUCACUUGACAGAGAUCAAUACAGUCAAGCAGGGAAGCUCACGUUUGUUCUUUAAGUGCCUCCCAUCCAACAGUAAAAUGAAACUUUCUCAGGUUUUACUGGGAGAAAGAUGGAAGAGCAAAAAUUAGAGAUUAAAACAUUGGGAACAAAUAACACCUAACUUCAAGUCCCUAGCCCACAGCCUUGACAAACAUGAGAGUCCCUCCACUUCACUUCAGAGACCUGCCCUCUUUUUCCCCGCACCACCAAAAAAACCCAAAACAAACCUCAAGUCUUGUUAAAACUAGAAUAUUUGCUGAAGUUCUGUCAGGGAAUUAAGAUUCUUCAUAGGAAUCUGUUUAAUGUAUAGCUUCACAGAACACUGAUCUGCUUUUACAAGCAAAUCUGAAUUGUGUGAAAAUUACAAUAACUGCAAAGUAAUUUUAAGAUAUUGCUACCAAAGAUUCCCUCAUUUUUAAACUUGAAAGAAAAAAUCCUGGGUUUUGCUACCUUACAGUUAAUUACCAAGAACAAUGAUUAAUGCUUAUUCUGUUUUUUUAAAGGGGGGGGGGGGGGGGAAGUACUGUUUAUUUAAGGAGUUUCUUAUCUUUUAGUUACAGAGAGUGAGCUAUACUGAAUUAAACUGUCUGGUUGCACAAAUGAAAAAUGGUGUACUACAUAUUGGCAUUUAAUUUAACUUGAGUUAAAUAUACCACAAAAGACCUUUUCAUCAAUUUGAAAAUUCAAAGAUUCUAUGCUAAUGACUCUCCUGAACCACACUUGGGUGUGUUGUUAAGAGACAGUAAUUUCACUUGUUUCCGUAACAGCAGUGAAAUUACCAAAAAUUUGCUAUCCAAUGUGCAUAAAGCAAAAUUUUAAAAGUAAGAACUAUAUAAACAAUACUUAUCCAGUAAUUCCAAGUCUCAACAAAACCUGAACUACAACUACUUUUAAGGGAAAUUUUCAGCAUGGUAAGGUCACAGAAUAUGGCCUGUGCUUGAUAUACCCACACUUAUGUAUGUAAAUCUUUCAAUGAAAAAGAGACAAGCACACUUCCCUAUUUCUCUGCCUCUUGCCAAAUAAUACUAUUGUUGGAAAACAGCCAGAGCAACCAUGUGGUGGUUAAGACCCACAAACCACAUCCCCAGAUGUCUGACACACAACAGAGCGCAUGAAAUACACCUCUGCAGGUGUUUGGGUCCACCCUCUCACUGCUGCAUUUUGGGUACUGCAUACCCUUGUCAGAAGCAAAACCCAAUUUUGAGAAAUUGGAGUUUACACCAAAUACCGUAUCUCUUCAUACUGAGUAUCUCUGGUCAUUCCACUAGAUUCAACGUGAGAAAAAUGUUCCUGAUCAUGGUUAAAGCCACUAUCAAGUACCAACAGAUUAUUUCAUUACUAUUUUAAUCAGGAUCAGUCAAGAAAAAGGAUCAGAAUUUGAAGUCCUUUCAUAAUUUAGGACAUAUGAGCAGUUACAUUAAUCUGAAGUUACCAUCAGAAAAAAGGCACUAGAAAAGCUGCACUAGCAACAGGCUGUAAGGUCACAAGAAAAGUGUUCUGCAUUCAGUCUUUGCUCUGCUCUCCUGGCAGUGGUCUAUUAUCAUUAGCUGUUUCCCUAUUUCAUGACAUUUGAUUUAAUUACCAUGACUAAUGGAAUUUUAAGGAACAUGCUGGUUUGCAUUAGCUCUCAUAGAUGUUUCCCACUUUUUUUUUCUUCCCAGUUCUUGUUUUUCAAUUUAAUAUUUUGCUCAUUUGCUUUCCAAUCACAUCUGCCUUUAAACACAGUAACGCUUUACCAUGAAUUUUCGUAACAGAUGAGAAACUAAGGAGUCUCCUAUUCCUUAAACAUUUAAUUAAUGU